AUGCUGGCAACUCAUACCGUUGCCUCCAACUAUCUGGCCGAGAAACCCAAUUUUUUGACACCCUGCGUCUUGGAGGAUCCCAAUUUUAACAAAUGCCUGGCGGGCAAUCUGCAAGGCAUUUUCGUACAGUGGAAGGAUGGUAUACCCGGCACCAAUACAGUGGGCUCCAUUGACCCACUCUUUCUGAAGCGGGUCAAAUUCACGCAGGAUGCCAACAAUGCGAUUGCCAUCAAUGCGGACCUCCAGAAUGUUAAUGUGAUAGGCAGCAGCCAGCUAACGAUCAAGGAGGCCAAUUACAGUCCAUCCAAAUAUGUAGCCAAAGCUCUGAUAUUUGUGCCCAAAUUGCGAUUCGAAUUCGACUAUAAGGUCAAGGGUCACGUGCUGGCCCUAAACCUAAAUGGUCAGGGCAAAGGAUACUUUGAGUCUGAGAACGCUGUCGUCGGCCUUGAAAUGGCAGUCAAAGCGCGCAACGCACCCGAAGGCACUUUUGCGGAUGUGCAGCGUGCAAAAGUCUUUUUCCGGGAAAUCGGCAACUUUCACAUUAAGCUAAAAAAUCUGUUUGGCGAUAAUGCGGAGCUGGAUCGUACAGCCCAUACGCUUUUCAAUGAGAACUGGCGUCAGUUCUACGAUGUACUCCGACCGGCCAUUGAACAGACCUUUGAGACGGUGUUGCUGGAUCGUACCAAAAAGAUAUUUGCCUAUGUGCCGGCCACUUACUUUAUCCACAACUUUCACUGA